AUGGCUCCAAACGGUAGUGAAAUUGCUAAUCCCGCCUCGUCCUCACCGGCCUCUCACCUUGGCCGCCGCAAACGGGCGCGCUCGGAAAGUGCCGAGCGCUCCCUUGCGAUCACUCCUGACAUAAUCCGCAAUUACCCCAAUAGCGACACUGACAUCUCUUCUUCUGACUCUGCUCCGGAAGGCCGGCCCAUGUUCGCCCAGGCAUCGCCUCAAAACACGACGACCGUCAUGUCUUGGGACCCCAAGGCGCUCCUCAACCCGAAAGCGGCCCCGCAGCUUGCCGGCUCCACCCCGAGGCCUGGUCACACAGGUAGAGCCACGACGAGCCAUGACAACACACCCCAAGCCUUCCAGUUUGCGAGCCCAAACGCGCCCAGCAUUAGCAUCGACCUCACGGAUUCCGACGACAUGCCCGAAGACCAACGCCGCCAUGGCGACACGCAAGCGGCCGGAAACGGCAUGGGUGCGAUGAUAGAGCGUGCCAACAAUGUAGAGAGCCGGGCCGAUGUUCCCCAGACAAAGAGGCGCAAGAUUGAAGUCGCAAACACAAACGGACAUGGAACUUCGAUUCACGGCGGCAGUGGCAUAUUGGGUAGCUACAUCAAAGGGCAGGAACUCGGCGAUGGAGGUGCUUCUACACCGGCUCGUUCGCCACAAACUACGGUUGAUCUGACAGACGUGAACGAGAGCGAUGCUGCUUCUACCGAUCCUGGCUUGGUCGAGGUCUGCUUUGGAAUGCUGGAGGUUGCUGUUGUCAACUGCCAUACCGUACCCCAUCCCCGGCCUAAUGGCGUGGCUCUCGGUGGGAACGAUUACUGGCCCCCUAUCAAGACUGUUCUGCGACGAAUGGCCAACGACACGGCCACGGCGAAUGUUAUGGUCUACGAUCAUACUCGUCAGGUUUUCGGUUCCCUUGAUCAAAAGACCGCCUUGGGUCUCGUGCCUUUACUUGACUCGGCGGUGCUGCAGUUCCGGACUGACUGUCGAAUUCCGUCCCGACGGAAGCAGCCAGGUGAAGUCCCAGGCCAGGCUACUUCAAAGGCAUACAAGAUAGAGAUAACCUUGUUUGGCCGGCGCAAAUAUGCGCGUACUGUGGGCAGGAUCCUCAGGGAGAGGGGCUUGCGAUUGAUCAAUCCCUCAAUCGUCCCUCGCGGUAUCAAGCUUCACAACCCUCAUCUCCAGUUUCCCAGCCCGGCUGCAGCGGCUUCAGCGCCGACGAGGUCAGCGCCCUCGACUGCGUACGCACAGUACACUCCGGCCCCCACUCAGCGGAGUGUGGAGGAAGUGCGUGCCGAUGUUUACGGGGUCUUUGACGACUUGAACUCUGACUCACUUCCAUACAUGGAGCCGGGUCCGAACAUAUUGACCGAGUUGCUUCCUCACCAGAAGCAGGGCCUUGCCUUCAUGACUGCUCGAGAGAAUCCGGACGCAAACAAGCUGCCAGCACUUUGGAAAGAGAGAUACGUUCACGGCGGUCACCUGGAGUACUAUAAUGUUGUCACGCAGCAAUCAGAGGUUACUCGUCCUACUCACGCGCUCGGAGGUAUCCUUGCAGAUAUGAUGGGCUUGGGGAAGACGCUAUCCAUCCUCUCCUUGAUAUCCUCUAGCAUGGACCAGGCGGCUGAGUGGGCAACUCGGGAUCCGCAGCAGCCUGUUCAAGACCGCCGGAAGCCAAACCCGAACAAGUUCAAGAUCCCGACGCAGGAGCCUCUAGGCCUCACAAAAUUGACGCGUAACUCGAAGGCUACCUUGUUAGUAUGCCCGCUCAGCACUGUGACCAACUGGGAGGAGCAAAUCAAGCAACAUAUCAAGCCCGACACGCUGUCGUAUUACAUCUACCAUGGCCAAAAUCGCACCAAGGAUCCGGCGGUCCUCGCCAACUACGACUUGGUCAUUACAACAUAUGGCUCUGUCUCGAGCGAGCUGACGGCUCGCCACAAGCGCAGAGGCAACCAGUAUCCCCUUGAGGAGAUUGGAUGGUUCCGCGUCGUCCUUGACGAGGCUCACAUGAUUCGGGAGCAGGCGACUCUACAGUUCAAAGCGAUUUGUCGCCUGCAGGCGAAUCGCAGGUGGGCCGUCACCGGUACACCUGUGCAAAAUCGACUGGAUGAUCUGGCAGCGUUGCUGGCCUUUAUACGUCUCAAACCAUUUGAUGAUCGCAACAAGUUCAACCAGCAUAUUGUGGCACCUUUCAAGCUAGCUGACCCAGAGAUCAUUGAUAAACUUCGUGUCUUGGUCGACUCCAUCACCUUGCGACGUCUCAAGGACCGUAUUCAUCUGCCACCCCGUACUGACAACGUGGUCAAGCUUACGUUUUCUCCCGAAGAACAGCGUCUCUACGACCUCUUUGCUCGGAAUGCCAAGGAUCGCGUCCAGGCGCUGACUGGCACUCGAGAACGAAUUCUUGGCGGCAAGACGUAUAUCCACAUCCUUCAGUCCAUCCUGCGGCUCCGACUUAUCUGUGCCCACGGGAAAGACCUUCUCAGUGAGGACGAUUUGAAAGCGGUCGAGGGCAUGACGCAGGACUCGGCGAUCGAUCUGGACAGCGAUGACGACUCGGACAAGCCUCAGAUGACGGAUUCUAAGGCAUACAGAACCUUUGAUCUGAUGAAGGAGACCAAUAACGACGCCUGCGUUGUGUGCCAGCGGAAACUUGGAUCCAACAACGAAGAGACGGAUUUGGAAUCGGAGCGCCAGGAGGACCUACUGGGGUACUUGACACCAUGCUUCCAUCUUUACUGCUUGAAGUGCAUUCACUUGUUCCGUGAUGAAGAGCGUGGCGUAGGUCAUUCGUCAGACAACCACAGUCUUGGAGAGUGUCCAAACUGCCACCAAAUGGUCAAAUUCAUCUGCAAUGAGAUCCGCCGCACCCGGGCCGAUGCGGAGCAUGAAGUCUCUCAUCAGGAGAAGGCCAAGGGGCAUACUGUCAAAAGCCUUGACGACUAUAGUGGUCCCCACACCAAAACGCGCGCUUUGGUCGAGGACCUGCUCAGCGCCAAGGCGCACAGCGAGCUCAUGCCAGAUGAGCCACCCAUCAAGUCGGUGGUUUUCUCUGGGUGGACUUCUCACCUCGAUCUGAUCGAGAUGGCCCUUGACAAGGCUGGCAUCACACACACACGGCUGGAUGGUAAGAUGUCGCGACUUGCACGCACACAAGCUAUGGAUCGAUUCCGAGACGACCCAUCUGUGCAGGUUAUUCUCGUAUCCAUCAUGGCCGGUGGCCUCGGUCUUAAUCUGACGGCCGGAAACCAUGUGUACGUCAUGGAACCUCAGUACAAUCCUGCUGCCGAGGCGCAGGCAGUCGAUCGCGUGCAUCGUCUCGGUCAGAAACGACCUGUGCGGAUCAUUCGAUACAUUAUGGAGAACAGUUUCGAGGAGCAGAUGGUAGCUCUGCAGCAAAAGAAAAUCAAGCUUGCCAACUUAUCUAUGGACCGUGGGGAAACGACUGGACCGUCCGGAGUGGACAAGCGCGAGGCCGCAAGGCAGCGUCUGAUGGAUCUCAAGGAUCUGUUCAAAUGA